AAACUGAGUCUCCAAAAUGGAAUACCAGAUUCACUUGAGGACCUUCUGAGCUUGGAUUUGGGGACAAUCAAGGUGAUCCACCAGCAAACAAAUCUACUUUCGAUCACUGCCACUGAGAACACUGACACCUCAUCUCAUUCACAUGAGUCUGAUGAUAGUGUUUCUUUGGCAUCAAGCGACACAUUAAUCCUCUCGUCCCGAGUCUGUGUCAUGUCAAACACAACAGUGGCCAGAGGAAUUUACAGUUCCACAAUUUUCAUAAGACACAGAGCUGCAGCUAGCAAAGGGGAAUUCCGAUUGCCAUGUGAGCCAAAAAAUGUUGACUGUCAGGACCCGAAUGAAAUCUGAUAUCUUGAAUAGAUUAGCAGAAUACAUUUACAGAUACAAAUGCAUAGAUACAAGGCCCACCCAGAAGAUGAACAUUUAUGUGCAGUUGCAGAGGCCUUUAUCAAAAAGCACCCUUGCUUGAGAGAACCAGGCUCAUUCAAUGGCUGCUACGGUUGGAAGCAACGACUAAAAUAUAAGAUGGGAAACUACAGGACUCCGCUCAAAGUGCAGGGGUGUCCAGAGCUGUCUUUUAACUCCGUAAAAUAUAAAGCUUCUGCAGAUUGUUUCCCUGCUAGAAAAGUAAAAAAGCCAAAAAGAGCUGAAGCAAACUUUUAUCCAUCCUUCCCUACUGGUGAGACGGUGGAAAGCCUUGAAAAAGAAAGACUUGAACUUCUGACAGAGAUCACCAUAAGAAACAACAAAAUGCUUUGCACGCUUGCCUACAGACGACAGGAGGUGGUAAACCAAGAACCCAGCAUUAAGGACUUCAAGGACAGAUGGCCUGCACUGUUCCAACAGAAAGAGAUCAAUGCAGAGUUUCAGAGGAUUACUGCUGUUCCUCUUGAGGAGAAGUUCAUGGCCCAGUUAGACAUGCACUCAAGCCAGUUGAUUAGAGUCAUCUGCACCAAUGGAGGAGCAACACGCCAAAAGACUGCUGACAUCAUAAAUACUUUGGACCAGAACUCAAGAGCAGAUGCUGUGAGGGAGCUGGAGCAGCUCACCAUGGCGGUGUUUGUCAUCAGGAAGGAGGGGGAAGGACUUCAGGAGCCACCUGAUGACAUUGGAAUAGUCAUUGAGGGCGUUGCGUUGUUGCACGGGCUGACUUCAGUUGCUUCUGCUUGUGCCCUUCUUCUGGGUUUGAUAUAUGCACUCAACCUUGCUUAUUCGAAAACCCUUCAUUUCACUUUUAAAGUGCUCCAGAAAAUCAUCAUGCAACUUGAUCAGCACAAGAUGUCCCCCAAAGUCCAAAAUCUGUAUGGCAGACUUGAAAGCUUACAGUAAGGACAGACUGUUGGAUUCCUCCCCUCGCCAAAAUAUGGCCUAGUGCCAUAUUGUGGAAGAACAAUAGUGUUUAUAUGUGAUGUGUAAAAAUGCUGGCCCUUUGUAUGCUGUGUUAAUGGUUAGAUGCCAUUAUUGUAGCAAAAGUAUUUGUGUGUGUGUGUGUGUGUGUGUGUGUGUGUGUGUGUGUGUGUGUGUAGAGAUGUGUAACUAUCUUAAUAUGCGUGUCUACAAACAUAUUUGUACUGAGAUAUGUAUAUGUGUAGAGUAAUCUGCAAUUGCAUACUAUCGAUUUAAAAUACAAGAAUUAAAGCAUAUCCUAAAACACGCAUAACUCGUUAAAACACACAUCUGCAGCGCCAGAAGUGUAGCAAGAG